AUGCAGUCGGGCACUGAAAAAUCUACGCAGCGCCCAGCGGUUAUCAUAAGCAACUGUGGCAACAUUACCACCACCGUGACCAACAACUACACUGAUACCAACUACGACUUCGCGGGAUUCGGUUCAAAUGGUUUCAACGCGCACAAUGCUCAUUUUGCAUUUGGUCCUGCCAACGCCGCGCAUAGUAGCAGAAUGCCAGGUACUGGCAGAAGAACCUACUCCCACAAGAAGACAUCGACAUCGACAUCUCACAGCCAGACACAUCAGACAAGAACUAGCACAGCGAGCCGCCCGGGUCGUGCCCAAGCCCAACAAGUGCCCGUGCCAAAUUUUGCUGCCAGUGGAGAUCGACUAGGCGCCGACAUACAGAACUAUGUGCAUGACGUGCUGAGUCUGCAUGGGCUGGGUCAUCAUCUUCAUCCAUGGGGGAUGGGUUCGACAGGACUCAACGGGGACUCAGACAGUCACCCUAAUGAGCACCCUGAAGCUGAAGAUCAUACUGCUGGCAGACGCACGACGACCGAGACGUGUGAGAUUUCGGAGGAUGGGACUAGAACGAAAACAAGAACGGUUCAUGUCACGCAGGAUUUUGGGAGCCCUGGAGAGUGUGAUACUGGCAUCCGAGUACAUAUUGGCACCGACCCAGGUUUGUGCAAUAUUGGAUCAUCUACGGGAGCUCACUCGAUGGCUUCAGAUAUUCCCGGACCACCUCCAGCGUAUUCAGCUUCUCCGCCCAAAACUGAAAUCGUUGCGAAUAAUUUGAAUAGCGCAUCUACGCCGACUCAAGCCACGAGUACGAAGCAAAGCAAUGAUGGUGUGGAUGUUGUGAAACGCGACCCCAGAAAAUCAUGGAUAAAGCGUUUGGGUGGUAAACUCAAAAGGUCGUUGAGCUGGUUCUUCUGA